AAAACAAUACGAAUCUUAACAAACAAAUCACUACUAAUCAACAACAAAUUCAACAUCUUGAAGGAAGCAAUACUCAUCUUGGUGAAGAAAUCGCAAUUUAUCAACAGCAAAUUCAACGUCUUGAAGAAAACAAGACCUAUCUUACCAAACAAACCACAACUCAACAACAGCAAAUUCAACGUCUCAAACAAGAAAGUCAAGGUAUAUUUAUUUCAUUAUCAUUUUUAGGCACCAUAUUAGUUCUCUCAAGACUAUUUCUUACAGAGGUUGCGGAUUGA